GAUAAGUCCACUGACUUAAAACCAAAAAAAAGAAAACAAAAAAUCUAUCUCUACUAAUAUUCUCCUCUUAUACAAAAUCUGGAGCCUUAACGCUAACAUGCGCUGGGCUCUCUUUUCCACCGCCACGCCCACCGUCACCACCGCCGGUAUCACCGCCAUCAAUUCGCCGAUCUAGGGUUUUCUCUUGGUGGGUUCCGAUCAAAUUUUAUAAGCAUAAAGAAUCCUUUGAAUUCUUGAAAAAUGGGUGUUUUAAGUGCUUUUGCAGCUGGGUUUUUGGUUUUGUUGAUGUUUAUCGAAGGGAUGGGGUCGAUGGAGACUGUUAAUGUAUCGUUACGUUCAGUUUGUGCGGUGAAAUCUGUUAAAGAUUCGGUCUUUUUGGGGUUUCAAGAUUUGACUUGUCCAAUAGAUGGGAUCCAAUUUUCUUAUGUGGCUGAAGUUAUUCAGGGAGAUGAACUGUCAUUGCAGAGGGCGUUAAAUAUGAUUCACCGGAAUACACAUGGUUAUGUUGCUUUGCUUUUCUAUGCAUCCUGGUGUCCUUUCUCUAAAAGUUUUAGGCCAAAAUUUUCGAUCAUGUCAUCAUUACUUCCUUCAAUCCCCCAUUUCGCAAUUGAAGAGUCAGCUGUUAAGCCAAGCACUCUCUCUAAGUAUGGAGUUCAUGGGUUUCCUACUCUCUUCCUUCUAAACUCAACAAUGCGCAUGCGGUAUCAUGGCUCUCGCUCCCUUGAUUCAGUGAUUGAAUUCUAUGGUGGCACUACUGGUUUUCAGAGUGCUUCAGUGGAUGCCACCACUUCUCAUGGCAAAACCAGAUGCUCCUCAAAUCAUUUGAACCUGCAUGCAAAUGACCAGGAAAACUGUCCAUUCUCCUGGGCCAGAUCGCCCGAAAACCUUCUUCAACAGGAAACAUAUUUGGCCUUGGCCACUGCAUUUGUGCUAAUGAAAGUGCUUUAUAUGAUAUUUCCAGCUUUGCGUAAGAUUGCUCAAUUUGGCUGGGGAAGUUGCAUUUUACAUAUAAGAAUUAGAAACUUGUGGGAGCUUCCUCUGCUAUAUCUGAAUCGAGCUGUACAAUUAUGUAACUCACUGAAGGAGCCAUGCAAGAGAAGCAACUUGCAGGAAGGAGCUAUGAACGCCAAGGCCUGGGCUUCCAAGUCUUUAGCUUCUGUUUCAUUUGGAGAGUCUAGCGCUAGCCGGGUGGAACCAAGUUACCUGGUACCUGUUGCUACCUGAUGCUGGUGGGAGGUGGCAGCCUGGCAGCUACGAUAACAAUGCUGUGGUUGUCAAAAAAAAGAAAAAUUCACGUAGCUUGUGAAGUUACAUUGUCUGCGGAGGGUGGAAGCUUUUUUGGUCAACGAGAAAAGAGACCGGCGAGGCACAUUGUUUGCCAGUUAACAAUAUGAUAAAAUCAACCCCCCCUUUAUUUAAAUGUGAUUUGAUUUGGUUGAUUACAUAUAUUAAAAAUAUUAGUCUAACUUGUGUGUUUAUGUUCUCGUUCUACUUUUGGUAUUCGUAUUUCACUUCGAAUGUUGAUUAAUUCUUUUAUGGACAUCUGAGAGUGACUUUUGAAA